CACACACACACACACACACACACACACACACACACACACACACUCCUCAAACCUUAUCUCCACCAAUACACUCUCACUCAUUUCCCUCCUUCUCUCCUGUACAUUAACUCUCUACUGUACACACCCUUUUCCCCUCUCUACCUCUCGCGCCCUCUGUCCGUUUCUCCCACCCCCGCUCUGACCACAUCCACUAAAGUCACUCCACAGGCACGUAGUGUGCAGAGUGUUGGAGGCGUGCGCUGCUGCCACUUUCCCCCCAGCCCUCCAGCCCUGCUCUGGCCUGACUCCAGCUACAGUCUGGCUCUCUGGUUCUGAUCAGACGGGCCCCCGCGCUCCAGUCCCUGGGGGGUCCAACUCUCCCACUCCACCCUCUCCAGAACACAAAGAGAGAGGGGGCCAGCUAAACCCCUGUCCUCCCACCACGGUUGUUUCCAAACCAACAGGAAUUUGGCUACUAGUUCCUUUAAUGUUUUCAAGAUGACUCUGACUGUUCUGAGGAAAUCCCCCCCAUUUUAGUAGCCAUUUGAAAUUCCUUUUUGUUUUUAUUGCGAGGAAGUACGCACUGAGUUCCUCAGUCGGCUCCCAGGCUCCGUUCUGUGCAGUCUGUCAGUCAGUCUCUCUCUCUAGUUGCUUCUCCAGGGUUGAGUUGCUGGGUUCAACUCAGAGCCAUUUGUCUGGCAGUAUUUCUGCAGUCUGGUUAGUUUCAGUGUUGGUCUGGGUUCCUGUGACUGUGACAUGGUAUUACUGUGAUAGGACACGUCUGUUGUUCUGAAAUCAACUGAAGGACAGGAUUGGAAUAUUCCACCGACAAAGAGAGCAAAGAGUCUGCUGCCACUAACAAUAUGUUCUUACUGGGCAGUGGUCUGAUGGGGAACUCCUCUGCCUCCUUCAUGGGUACGUUCCUGGCCAGCAGUCUGGGCUCGUCCUCCCACCCCUCUCACCCCUCCCGGCCCCCCUCCUCACCCUCUUCACCCGGAUCCUUCCGUGGUGGGCCCCACUCCAGCGCCUCUCAGAUCUGGUUCCCUCACUCACACGAAGCAGCCCCGGGGUAUCCUCGAUUCUCAGGGAGUCUCGCCCAUACCUUCCUUCCCAUGAGCCACUUGGAUCACCAUGCCAACAGCGGCGUCCUCUACGGGCAGCACCGUUUCUACGACACCCAAAAAGAGAACUUCUAUCUAAGAAGCCUUCCGUCCCAGCCCCCUCUCAUCUCAGCCAAUCACGGUCUUCCGCCCAUCUCCAGGGCGGGGCCCGGACACCCUCAGGGCUCCUGCAGUCGGGACAUGGACCCAGGGGGCGGAGUCAGCCUACACAAAGGCCUGAAGGAGGGGUCCGUCGAGAGAGGGGUGGUCCCCAGCACCAAGGACAAGGAGAGGCCCAGCAGCAAACAGGAGGCCAAGGAGCGACAGCAGCACCACAGCCACCACCCCCAGUCCUCACAUCCACACCACCACCACCCACACCCCGGCCACACACAGCCCCAGCCCCACCAGCAGCACCCCCAGUACCCCCAGCACCCGGUCUCCCUGGAGGAGGUCAAUAGCAGAGCCCUGGAGAGGCACAUGGAGCAACAACAGGCCCUGGGUAUGACUAGAACCCUCAGCGCCUGCCUGCUCAACGGAAAGAUGCAGAACGGGGGGGACUCUGGGACGGGUGGGGCCAAGGCUUCCAUGACUAGCUAUGGGGGGGAGGUGGUGGGGAGCAGGGGGGCUCAGACACAGGCCAGCCACAGACACAUGGAGGGUGGGGGGGAACGUCCGCUGCACCAAGGAAGGGGUGAGCGGCGAGAUGAGGAUCAGUGAGCAGCCUUCGGACUGUCUGGAGGGGAGGGGCCAGAUGCUCCACCACGGCCUUCCCUACUCUGUGGCGCCGCCCCUGCAAAUGGGUUCAGCCGCUGGGGGAGGCCACCCCCACCUCCACCCCCACCACCACCCUCACCC